UGUUCCCGAGUCAAAUCAGCCUGGGAUCAGGCUGCAGGGCGAACUCAAAGCAAACAAGCAGUAGGAAACAUUGCACUUGAAAACAAAACAGCGAAAGAUUGAGGCCGGCUUGCAAGCGCAGCAAAAAGACAAGCCUGUUUUGCAUCGCCCCCUCCAUCAUCACUCGGCGCGGACUUUGCAAAGACACUUUUGCGCGGGUGGGAGGCGGGUUGAGGCAGCAGGAAGAGGAGGAGGAAGUGCGGGAAGCUCGUUGCUCUGGAAGGAGAGGCGGGUUUGCCACGAUCAUGGCUGCUAGGAACCAGGGGACGGCACUAGACCUCAGCUGGCUUGCGAGAGUCCGGGUGAACCAGCCAGCGGUCCUGAGGCGGGCAGCUCAAAUUCAGACACAACGGGCUGUGAAAAAGAAUUGGCAGGCAGCUUGGCACCUGAGGGCCGUCACCUGCAUCGACCUCACCACCCUUUCGGGUGAUGACGCCCCUUCCAACGUCUGCAGAUUGUGCUACAAAGCCAAGCAUCCCAUCCGAGGGGAUCUGUUGCAAGCUAUGAACGUGGACGACAAAGGCAUUACUACUGCUGCCGUUUGCGUCUAUCCAGCAAGAGUCUCUGAUGCAGUGAAAGCACUCAAGGCUGCUGGCUGUGACAUCCCAGUAGCUUCAGUGGCAACCGGAUUUCCAGCAGGACAGACACAUCUGAAAACCCGCUUGGAGGAGAUCCGCCUCGCCGUGGAAGAUGGCGCCAGAGAGAUCGACAUUGUCAUUAACAGAACCUUAGUCCUGACAGGCCAGUGGGAAGGUCUCUACGAAGAAAUACGUCAGUGUCGUCAGGCCUGUGGAGAAGCUCAUAUGAAAACUAUUUUGGGGACAGGAGAGCUGGGAUCGCUUACUAAUGUCUACAAAGCAAGCCUUGUAGCCAUGAUGGCAGGUUCUGAUUUUAUCAAGACUUCCACAGGAAAAGAAACAGUUAAUGCUACCUUUCCCGUUGGGCUCGUCAUGGUGAGAGCUAUUAGAGACUUCUUCUGGAAAACUGGCUAUAAGGUUGGCUUUAAGCCUGCGGGAGGCAUUCGCACGGCCAAAGAUGCCCUGAUCUGGCUCUCGCUGAUGAAGGAAGAACUAGGAGAUGAGUGGCUAAAGCCAGAACUCUUUCGCCUGGGGGCCAGCACUUUGCUGGGAGAUAUUGAGAGACAGAUUUACCACCAUGUGACCGGCAGAUACGCAGCUUACUAUGACCUGCCUAUGGCUUAGACCAGCGACUAAUUCAUGAUAUGAAAGAGAGAGAAGGAAAAAGAAGAAAAAGGGGGAUACACAGAAGAGGCGUAAGCAAGCAACGUCCUCGAAUCCUUUCUUGCAAACAAGUCCAAGAUGUGCUUGGGAAAGGAUUAAAGGGCAAGGGGCUUCUGACUCACUUUUUCACUAAGCCGGACAAGUGCUCAUGAUUAUAAGAGAAAUUCUGGAUUUUGAAGGUUUUCCCAGGUCAAUUUUGCUGUGCCUCAUUCACUGCAACAUUAAUACCAGCGGGAGGGGAGAGGGGCAAAGAGAUGAUCAAAUGAUUAAUUUAGUGUGAAUUUUGUAUUAAUGGGUUUGUUUUUUGUACUGCUGUUUCCCACCCACCCCUCUUCCCCAUUGCAUAGGCUGCCUUAAGGUGGCCCUGAAAUAAACUAUAACAUGGUCUCCAAUAUCAGGAUGGACAGAGUUGCAUACUCUUUUGAGAGUCAAGUGUCUGAGACUGCCUGCCCCUUCUCUAAAGCUGGGCUGCAGGCUUCAGGUCUGUUCCCAAAAUAAUGCAAACGGCAGGCAUUAAAAAGAAGAAGCUCUUAUUUAUGCCCACCUGCCACCUAAACUGAAUUGCAAGUGAUAUCUGAAAGUCUCCAGAGUCUCCGAAGCAACUUUUGAUGUAUUCAGUGGGAGCCGGGGAGGUGUUACUAGUCUAAACAAGAACAAAAAGAUUCAUUUAUAUAGGUCAGACAAAGAAUUGUGGACACGGAGAGACAGCUGGACAGCAUGAGGUCCCCGGAUUUCAACAUAGCUGAAAACGAGAAAUACGUUGCUGCCCCGGAAGCGUAUCUCUUUUACCUAGAAUCCAGAAACUCAAGAAGAGCCUUCACGCUUGCCCAAAGCUCGGCAUUGCCCUUGCCAGUGCUGUUAGGCUCCUUCCAUACGAGCAGAGACUCUGCUUCUGCCCAUUGGGGGAAGUAGGCAGCCCUGAACAUCUUUUUUUUUAGAUGCCCUCUGUGCGAUAAGGCACGCAGAGAUACCAUCGCCCCCAUUCUGGAGAGCCUGGCCGACCUCCCAGAUAAGACCAAACUAAAUGCCCUGCUAUUAGGAAAGGAGCAAAAGUUAACUCGGACGGUAGCCAGAUUCUGCACGCAGAUACGCAGGACCAGUCUUACCCCCCCCCCAAGAACAAGACAGCCAAUGGAAUAGCAAACUCGGGAUUGGACUGUGGGAAGUAGUUCCUCCGUCCUGGAUUGCAACCUACUGUACUCCACAUUGUACAGGAUACAGUGGUGCCUCGACUUACAAGUUUAAUCCGUUCCGAAGGCACCUUCGUAAGUCGAAAAAUUCAUAAGUCAAAAAACGCCAUUGGAAACGCGAUUUCCUAUAGGAAUGCAUUGGAAACGGGAAAAUUAGUAAGUCGAAGCAACCCUAUCUAAAAAUUUGUAAGUUGAAAAAUCCCUAUCUAAAACCGCUGUGGUUCCCCCCCCCCGGAUGUCGAGACAUUCAUAAGCGUGCGGCCAUGAGCCCCAUUCGUAAGUCGAAAAAUUCAGUUGUCGAGUCGUUCAUAAGUUGAGGUCCCACUGUACUCUACUUUUUUUGAGAUCCAGCAAGGUGCAUGGCAUUUACGGGCUGCUAAAACCAUAACUCAACCUCAGCCGCACCCUUACACAAGAGUCUACAAGCACAUGCCUUGGAGCUGAGCCCAGUGAUUCUGGAGCACAGGGAAAGGGCAGCAGCACACAGAAAAGCAGGAGCUUUCCCGUUCAUUGAGAUAUUUGGGGGAUUUUUCUGAAUGAGCGAUCCCGACAGGCAUGCAAGCGACCUGCUCUUGAGCUGGAAACCUCUCCUGCUUUCGCAGAGAGCAUUGCACAUACAGGAACUCAACAGAACUCUGAAAUGCAGUACACAGACCUGUCCACAAAUUUCCCAUUUGCUUUUAAAGUCCUUUUAAUUCUUUGUAGGCUGGCGGAGGGAGGAAUCGUGUACAAAUACUGUGCAGAAUUGUUUCACGUGCCUUAAAUCUGAGCCUCUGGUGGGGUUUUUUAAAAAAAAAUAUAAGAAAGGAUGGGAUUAUACUUCAUGAAAUCUUGUCUCAACUUCUAACUUUGCAGAAAUAAAUUGCUUGACAUUUUAAGAACAUAUGUUUAAAUAAAAAAAAUAUUCUGUGCAGGGAUUGUUCUCCUGUUUCGCUUGAGAUUAAUUACCGUGCACACGCGAUUUAACUAAAAAUAAUCGCUACCUUUCUAAAGAUCAGGCCACCACGAGCUUUGUGCCUUAUUUUGUUGCUGCCUUUUGCUGGGGAAGGAAGUGGGGCUCAGGCACUGGGGCAGACUUCGGAUUUUCCCCCUUUUCUCUCUUAGACUUCCAGUUCCCGCUGCCACCAUUGCAUGGAACUGCCAACUCAAAAAGAAACAUUUGGCUUGCUUUAAAAAAAAGGGGGGGUGCAGGAUUGCAGGGCUGCCUAGAACAGUGUUUCUCAAAACUUGGGUCUCCAGCCAUUGUUGGACUACAACUCCCAUCAAACCAAGCUAGUGUUGGAAUAUUCUAGAAGAAACUUGUAAAUGGCCUUGGACAAGAUGCUAGGCAAUGGAAAUUUCCCCCAGCAACAGGUGUCCUUAGCAGGGCAUGCAAUCAACUUAAGUCUGGGUCAGUGUAAAUGAGUACAGCUAUGUGAAUGAGUCAGGAUCAGGUCUCUGGCUGGAUGGCUAAAAAGAGAAAAAGAUUAUGUUUCUUUAUUUGCUUUCCCCUCCCUUUAUUAAUGACCAAUGUAAAGUUCUGUAAAUAAGAAAGACUCUUAGAAACAGAAACCAAAUGGUGUUUCUUCCUGUGAUGGGAAUUUCACUAAGAGAUAGCUGGAAUGCUGCUGCUGCUGCUGCUGCUGUAAAGAAAUAAAAGAUGCAGGAAAACUUCUGUAAAAAGAACUCUGCUGCAGACAGAAAUGAAAAUCUAAGAGUAGAUGCUCAUGCACCAACAGCUAGCAGUCCCAGUGGUCAGGGGUGAUGGGAGUUGUAGUCCAGCUGGAGACCCAAAUUUGAGAUGAAGACGGGUAGACUGGGGUAUACUGGUCAAUCUCUUGAGUGAUCUGUAGUAGCUUGACAAGGAUUUCUGACUCCCAGUUUAACAGGAACAAUAACAGGACUUCCUGCAUCUACAGGUGAAUCUCGGGAAAUUAGAAUAUCCUCGAAAAGUGCAUUUAUUUCAGUAAUGCAACUUAAAAGGUGAAACCAAUAUAUGAGAUAGAUGCAUGACAUGCAAAGCAAGAUAUGUCAAGCCUUGAUUUGUUGUAAUUAUUUGUCGUUAGACGGGUCAAUGAAGCUGUCUGCAGACGAAUGCUGGCUCCCUCGGCCUAUAGAGCGAGAUGAGCUCUACAACCCUAGAGUCGGACACGACUGGACCUGAUGGUCAGGGGCCCCUUUACCUUUACCUUUAGGCGGGUCAAUUAUAAAUGGAAUGUAAUUAAUGAAAUGUAAUAGCGAUGUUUAUUUUUGUAUUAUUGUAACUAUUUGUUUUAUUACUGCGGAAUUUCCAAAAGAAAGCAUUUGUAAAAAUUAAAAGGAAAAUAAAAAAUAACAAGUUGCAUUACUGAAAUAAAUGCACUUUUCGACGAUA